CAACAAAAACCGUGUCCUCUCUCUCUCUAAUCCAUUCGUGUCUUUCCGCCACGUCUGACACCCGAUUGCUGACCAGAUCAGGCCAUCAAUAUCCCCAAGAAACCAAACUGAUAUAUAUAGCCAUCACCAAUCUUCUUUCGGAAAACCCAAUACAAACAACAAUUUCUCUUCUCUAUCUAUCUAAUUCCAUCUCCCGUUUCUUCCUCUACAACUUAUACUCGAGUACGCACGCACGUUCUAGUAGUUAAUUAGUUGAAACCUCAAACUACCUAUCUGAAUAUCUCUAUAUAUUUUACCUGUCUGUUAUCAUGAAGUCACACUCAGUUUCAUCCUCACCUUCAUCUUCACCUUCCGGCAACUCAUCUCCUCUUGCAAGAUUACGGCGUAAACUAUCUCCCCGGAAACCCGACAAUAACCACCCAGUUUCUCUUCCAGCUCCCACAAACGUUAAUAACUCGACUAGUGCUAUUAAUGUAAUUGGAAACAACCAGCUACAAAGGGUCUUCAAUUACUUUGACGAAGAUGGAGAUGGAAGGAUAUCUCCUGCUGAGUUGCGGAGCUGUAUUACUACUGUUGGAGGUCAGCUUUCCAUCGAGGAAGCUGAGGCCGCCGUCAGCUUCUCUGAUAUGGAUGGAGAUGGGUUGUUGGGAUUCCAGGAUUUCCAAUGCUUGAUGGCAGGGAGUGCUUCAGAGGAGGAGAAGACAGAAGAGCUCAGACAGGCUUUUGGAAUGUACGAGACUGAGCCUGGCUCAGGCUGCAUCACUCCUACCAGCCUGAAGAGGAUGUUGAGUCGACUGGGGAAGUCUAGGUCCAUCAACGACUGCAAGGCUAUGAUUCGUACCUUUGACCUUAAUGGAGACGGUGUCCUUAGCUUCCACGAGUUUUCUGUCAUGAUGCGCUAGCCCAAUAUUCUCAUCCAUGCCCUGCCCUUAUAUAUACAUUCAAUUCAUUUGUUCUCGUUCAAGUGCUUAAUUAUUCAUUCUUUUUCUGUACACACAUACUUGAAUUUUAUCAACUUUAAGUUCGUUCGGGAGAUCAA